GCUCGGGCUCGUCGACCGGCGACCGCGCUCUGUUGUUGUCAGACUUAAAAAAGGGCUAUUCCUUUUUGUUCCUAUAGAUUUCUGCAUAUAGCCACGACACAGUUCGAGACUGAACAGGAAAGAGAAAUGGAAGCCAAUGUGGCUAUGGAUGUUGAGGCACAACCUUCACCUGAUCUCAACUCUGUUAAACGAUUUGGACUCAAAAACUCUAUUCAAACCAACUUCGGCGAUGACUAUGUAUUUCAAAUUAUCCCAAAGGAUGAUUGGAGUACAAUGGCAGUGUCAUUAUCGACGAACACAGUGAAAUUGUAUUCGCCAGUGGCUGGUCACUAUCACGGAGAGUGCACAGGUCAUUCUAAUACCAUUAACCAAAUUUUGUUCUCUGGUCUCUCAGAUUCAUAUGUCCUAGGCUCUUGUUCUUCGGAUGGAACUAUUAGAUUUUGGGACACCCGAACGUUACAGCAGAUAUCCUGCAUAUCAGCUGGUUCUUCUCAAGAGGUAUUCAGCUUCUCCGUUGGAGGGCCUAGCGGGAAUUUAAUUGCUGCUGGCUGUAAAUCGCAGAUAAUCUUUUGGGAUUGGAGAAACAACAAGCAAAUUGCAUGCUUGGAAGAGUCUCAUGUGGAUGAUGUUACUCAGGUUCAUUUUGUCCCUAACCAACAAGGGAAGCUUGUUUCUGCUUCAGUAGAUGGGUUGAUUUGCACAUUUGACGUUGCUGGAGAUAUCAACGAUGACGAUCAUCUGGAAUCAGUGAUUAAUGUGGGAACUUCAAUCUCAAAGGUGGGGUUUUUUGGUGAAAGUUGUCUGAAGCUUUGGUGUUUAACGCAUAUUGAAACCCUGAGUAUUUGGGAUUGGAAAGAUGCUAGAAAUGAAGUAAACUUCACAGAUGCUCGUUGUUUAGCUUCUGAAGGUUGGAGUUUGGAUAAUAUUGACUAUUUUGUUGACUGUCACUACUCCGGAGAAGCUCAACAACUAUGGGUGAUUGGUGGCACUACUGCGGGUGUUCUGGGCUACUUUCCUGUAAAUUAUAAUGCGGCGGCAACUGUAGGAUCUGCUGAAGCAAUUCUCCAGGGGGGCCAUACAAGUGUUGUAAGGAGUGUAUUACCCAUGUCAAGAAUUCACGGCGGACCCGGGUGUGACCAAGGCAUUUUUGGAUGGACCGGUGGGGAAGAUGGUCGCCUUUGUUGCUGGCUGUCCGAUGAUUCACCUCAGGUGAAUCGAUCAUGGAUUUCUAGCACGUUGACAACGAAGUCCGAAAGAACUCGCAAGAAAAAUCGCCAUCAGCCCUACUAGCUUUCCGUUGUGGUCUUUUGAACCGAUGAGGUUUGAUAUGAGCGGACAGAUAUUUUCAAAGAUAACAUGAAGCAUCGGUCCUCAGGUAUGUAACUUUCAGUAGUUUGGAUACUUUUUUUUUUUGGGGGGGGGGGGGGGGGGGCUGGGCUAGGGAUCUGGGUCUUUUGUGGACGCUUAUUUUUUCAGGCUGAUUGACUGGCAACUUGUAUCAUAUGGAGGCAAAUUUUGGCACAAGACUAAGUAUCUUUG